AAAAUAGAAGAAAGCUCAAAACGGUGCUUCGCGGCAGAAGAGGAGAAAGAAAGGUUCCGGGCAGCCGGAGCUGGGGGACCUGCAGACGGAGAGGACGGGUUGAUGGAGGAAGUUGCGGUUUCCCCGGCCUGUGACAGAGCUCUGUAUCAGGCGUCUAUGGGCACGAUUGCAAGAUGGAUAUCGAUGCUGCGAGCCGAGUGAAUUUCUACAUCGGCCUCUCCCUGGCCAUCUGCUCCAGUGUCUUUAUUGGGGGCAGUUUCAUUCUGAAGAAGAAGGGGCUCCUCCGGUUGGCCAGUAAGGGGUCAAUGCGAGCGGGCCAAGGAGGACACGCCUACCUCAAGGAGUGGCUGUGGUGGGCAGGACUUAUUUCAAUGGGGGUGGGAGAGGCUGCGAAUUUUGCGGCCUACGCUUUUGCGCCGGCCACGCUCGUUACGCCGCUGGGAGCCCUGAGCGUCCUGGUGAGCGCUGUGCUGUCCUCCUAUUUCCUCAACGAGCGGUUGAAUGUUCACGGGAAGAUCGGGUGUCUGCUGUGCAUCCUGGGCUCCACCGUGAUGGUCAUCCAUGCCCCACAGGAGGAGGAAGUGGACUCCCUGAGCUCCAUGGCGGAAAAGCUGAAAGAUCCCGGUUUCAUUGUGUUCGCCGCGUGCGUCGUUGUGAGCAGCCUGGUCCUGAUCUUCAUCGUGGCCCCGCGCUACGGCCAGAAGAAUGUGCUGGUCUACAUCUUCAUCUGUUCGGCGAUCGGCUCCCUCUCCGUGUCCUGUGUGAAGGGGCUGGGGAUCGGCGCGAAGGAGCUGUUCGCGGGGAAGCCGGUGCUGAAGGAGCCCCUGUUCUGGGCGCUGCUGGUGUGUCUGGUGGCCUGCAUCAGCACGCAGAUCAACUACCUGAACAAGGCGCUGGACAUCUUCAACACGUCCAUCGUCACUCCCAUCUACUACGUCUUUUUCACUACCGCGGUCAUGGCCUGCUCCGCCAUCCUCUUCAAGGAGUGGUUCCAAAUGUCCGCGGACGGCAUCUUGGGCACGAUCAGCGGCUUCCUCACCAUCAUCGUGGGCAUCUUUCUCCUCCACGCCUUCAAGGACGUCAGUUUCACCUGGGACGCCCUCCCACUCUUCCUCCGCAGGGGCCAGAGAGGGGCCCCCUGGGGCCAGCCCUAUAUUCCCGUGCCCAGCCAGGAGGCGGAAACGCCUGGGGGACAGCCUUUGAGGGAGGGAGGCAGUAAGAGGCAUUCUCCUGACAGCGCAGCCAGGAGAAGCAGCAGCGUCACGGUCACCUAACAGUGGAGCCAGAUCCUUUUAACACCCAUCUGUUGUUGUUGUUUUAUAAUAAUUCGGGGUCUUGAAGAUAUUUUUAGAACGGAAUCUGGGAAGGAUACCGUGCCUUCUAGGAAGUAUCCUUCUAAAAUAUUUUAAAAUACAGUACUCGUCCAAAAGGAAGCAAAACCCCCUCUCUCUGCAAAUGACUACUCUCACAAAAGUCCCUCUUGUUUCACAGGACUUCAUACUGCCAUCCUUGUUCCUUUUCCUUUCGUUUUUACUCCCCAUGAAUCAUCUUUUUUAACUCUUCUCCUUUGCCGCUGGCUCUGGUUGACAGGUCUGCACUAUUAAAACUAGUUCUGUUCCCAUUCUUUGCAGAACAUGUGGCACUGAAAUGGGAGGAUGCAUAAAAAUGGGGAGAGGACUGACACGUCACACAGCACUGUGCUCAUUAGCUCACUGGCUUUUUUAAGUGUCUUUUGUUCUUAUUGAUCCCAAGGUUUACAGUAGGAUCUAUGUAGGUCUAGGAAACUGUAAUUGAGAGAAUUUAAUUUUCUGUGCUGAAGUUAAUGCUUAGCUACAAAACACUAGAGUAACUUUUUUCACUAACUGUCACGUGAAUAGGUGCCUUUUUAAAUGUAUUUUUACCAGUGGUGCAAUUAACAACUUGAGGUCCAGAAAGUUGAACACGGUUAAUAUAGUAUUAUUCAUUUGUGUCAAUCAUUUCAUACACGUUUAUAUGUUUAUACAGUAUAAGUAAUUAGUAUAAUUCUGAAUUGCACAACUCUCAGUACUUCUGUAGGAUUGCCGUAAUUCUGGAGAAUUCUGUAAUUCAAUGAACUGCAGUACUGGAGACUAGUAGCCAGGUUAUUGUACACGUCUAUUCAGGGGUCAUGUGUACCACCUCGUGCCUUUCACUGGUGGCAGGGACAGGUUCCACGGGUUGAUUUUCCACACUGCACAGAUUCUUCCACUUUUACUCAGUGUGCAGUUUGUCUGGCUGGAGGCCGGAGGAGAUUUCAUGGAGAAGUGUAAUUACAGUGGCUUUCUGGAGAAGCUGUAUGGUUGUUUACAUGUGACAGGUGGACUGAUCUCCUCCGUUCCCAAAUGCUAUAUACGUGAAAACUACAGUAUUAACAAGCGUAAUGGCUUAGCACACUUGUAAUCUUUGGUGUCAUAAAUCAAAUGUGUAUAUUUAUUGUUCCUUUCUAAAAAACAAUCUUUAAUUUUUGAUACCUUGUUAUUGUAAAUAAGAGUUUAGGAUUUUAAUAAAAACUGAAAGCUGUUUAACUGCAAUUCAGCUAUGAUUAGUUUUUCUUUAUACAGUAUGUGUUUUGUUAGUUAAUUUUAUGCAAGAGGUGCCUUAGAUUGUUUAGUGGCUAAAAAGCACAAUAGAGUCUGUUUUCUCACUCAAAUUAACAUAGUUCACA